UGUAUAUAAAUAGAGCAGAAGGGAUAAACCCCCUUUCACUGCAAAUAACUCUUGGGAUUGUUCCUUUUGGAGUAAUACAAUUCCCCUCUCACUCUCUCAGCACAACAACUUCACUAUGGGCAAGCUUCUAGUCCUCUCUGCUGUGAUUCUUGCUUGCAUCAGUGUCGGAGCUGCUCUGCAAUGCUUAAAGUGUUCGUUCACUGUUUUUAACAUCCCAUGCCACACCACAACUGUCACCUGCCAAGCUGGGGAAGUAUGCGCCACCAUCGAAGGAAAAGCAUCUGGAGCGAGCUUGAUCAAGAGGAGAAACUGUGUGGCUCAGGACAAAUGUAACAAGAACGACACCGACAGCUACCUUGGGGUCAAAUACGUCACCACCUAUCAGUGCUGUGAAGGCGACUUCUGCAACUCAGCUGCCACCUUGCCUUCUGCCCACCUCUCCUUGCCCAUGGCCCUGGCGAUGCUGGGCGCCUGGCUUGUCCGCCUCCUUUAAUCCCUCUCUUCGGAAAGCACACACACACAAAAUCAAGCCUACCAAACACUGUCUCAAAUGCAUUUCCCUCUUCCAUUCUUUUUUUUUUUAACUUAAAGGGUCCCUUGUUAACAAAAUAUGGCUUGUAUUGCUUUUAAAUCUUUUGAACCAAUCUUGUGUGGAAAAUGAUACAAUUGGAGGAGGAGUUAGUAAUGUAUUUGGAGAGGAAAAAAUUAUCUCCUUUUAAACAAUUCUCGGUUCUAUCUUUUUCUUUUGGGAGGGAUACGUAAUUAACCCUUUAACUGCAAAUUUCACUGUUUAUCUCUGCCUAAUUAUAUACAGUAAUGGUAUUCUUCUGGAGGUGACUAAGAUAAGAGAGUCCAGCCCAAGUUGCAUUCAUUGGUUUUGUAUAGCUAGAUUGGCCCAAAAGAGGUUAGAAGUCACCCAUUGGUAAAACAGUGGCUGGUGUCCACCUUCUGGCCAGCUUCAACUGGAGUUGAUGUGAGCAGCCAGCAAAACCAAAGCAUAUGAUAUUUUGGGAAUCUGCUGGGUAGCAAAAUGCCCCUUUUGCACAAGAUUUGAAGAACUACUCUAACUUCAGGAUGUUGCACUAGGUGGCCCUUGAGGCCCAUUCCAACUGACAUAGCAUUGAUGAUAUUCUGUGCGGAUGCCAUGAAAAUCAGGUGUUGAACUUGGGUUCUUUAUAUAUCCUGUUAUUCUCCACACAUUCUCCCACAUUGCUGGAGUUAGGGGCCCAGGAUCCUUGUGAAAGUGGGGGAAACGGCUAAUUUUUAAAACCUAAGAGAACACCUAUCAUAUCUAGGAAUCUCUAUUGUCUCCAGCAUGACUCCAUGGUCAGCAUUCAAUAGAAGAUGGUCAUGGAGGACCUAGAGAUUCCUAGGGAGAACAUUUCAAUCAAAUCCAUGACAAAUCAGAUCCAUAAAUGUCUGCAUUCCUUGCCAGUCUCUUUAGUUUAGGGUUCCCCGAGUGCAACAAGGAACAGACAUCUCUCCCUUUCAUGGUUGUGCAAAAGAAGACAAUUGGCUGAGUGACAAUCAACAACCACUGAAAUUCUGUGUUCCGCACAAUCAUAAAAUGUAUAGGCAUCUCGUCCCUUAUUUCAACAGGCAACCUUACUUUUGUCAACAGCUGGUGUAAUUUGGGGAAAACCUUCCAAAAUUUUUGACUUGCAACUCCCACCAGCCUCUAAUUGCCAUGGUCAAUUAAGAAAUUAAGGGUGAUAUAAGACCCCAUUUGUUUGUAUUUUAUGGCAUUUUCAAACCCUUAAAACUCCAUCUUUCUGCUUCUCAUUACCAUGCACUUUCGUUAAGAGGCUCUUUCUAAGCUCCUUCAUGGAAAGAGAAUUUGCACACCCUUCCCAGGUAUCUGCCUCUGACUCACUCAAAAGAUGAUAAUUGUUCUCUCCUUUUAGCAUAGCUUUGGGCUUUGUAAAUGUUUGUACUCUGCCUGCUCCUGAUGACACUGAUAUCAGCAUGUCAAUGAGGGAGGGAGGCCAAAUGCUGGAGGAUUUCAGAGUCUAGUUACCCAACACAUUUUCAGCACUGGGGGCAUGCCAGUGUCCACAAAUAGAAAAUAAAGCAUAUCAGCUGAACAGAGAACUGUAAACAGUUUUUAGCAAGUUUUUCACACUGUUGAGAUUUGGAUGAAAAUACGCCAGUAGCUUCACAUUACAUUUUGAGACAAAUACAGAGAGAUUGAAACAAUCAGCAUCCUACAUUUGUUGUCCUUAAGAGUGCAGGGCCCUUACCAAAGGACACCUCUUUAGGCAUCUCCAGCAGGAUUCCAUAGUCAACUUCCAAUGUUGCAUUGGAGGACCUAGAGAGAACGUCUUAUUCAAAUCCAUGAAUAAUCAAGUCCUCCCCAAAUGUAUAUUUUAAACCAGGCACUGGAAUAUUUUGUGCUCCAGAUGUUUGGGAUCCUUUCUUGAGAUCAAGUCAAUCAUUGCAACCAAUCUUAAGGGCUUUGAGAGUUAUUGUCCAAGCAACAAGAAGCCAAAGGCUCUUCUCUUUGGAAUAUGAACAGUGCAAUGUAGUAGCCAUACAUCCAUUUCCAGCCAGGAAAGAAACUAGGUGAAGUUCUAAACAUACAAAGACACACAUCUACAUCUAGCCUGUCUUUGCUCAAAGUACAUGUUGACAGGAAAGCAGCUUUGUCCUUGUUGGCGGUUUAGAGAACCACACUUUAUAACUAUUCAUCUCUCAUAGGGCCAAAAAUGUCAAAUAUUGCCUUAGCUGUGCCUUUGUAUAAGGGCUUCUUGGGUCAUCCAGGAACAAGAUGAUAGACUCAAUGAAGCCUUGUUUUUUUUCUAUUCAGAAACUUUUCACAACUUGUGUUUCUCAAAUGUAAAUUCUGUCAACAAUAUGUUUACUUCAAGCUAGACCUGGAAACAGUUCUUCCCAAAAUAACAGGAGAACACCAAGGAGUUGUCUACACCAGCAAAAUCAUCCAGCUACAAUUCAAAGUAUUCUGCUCUAGAUUCAAUCUCUCUUUCUACUGCAUUUGCUCAUAAUGUUAGGCAAUCCCUCAUAGCUCAAAGAUGAUGGUUCUCCAAGUGUAGUGUCUUGGUGGUGGAUACGUAGGUAGUUGUGGAGCCCUUAUUCUUGAUCCGCAUGUCCUCCCGCAGUGAGGACAUCAGUUUCCAGGUGGAAGGCGCUCCCAGUCAGGGUUGGCUUGAUGCACCUUCCAUUCAUGCCUCUUCAAAUUCUGCAGCACUGCUGGUCACAGCUGACCUCCAGUUAGAGCACUCAAGGGCCAGAGCUUUCAAGUUCUCAGUGUCUAUGCCAUAGUUUUUAAGAUUGGCUUUAAUCCUAUCUUUAAGGCUCUAUUCCUGUCCACCAACAUUACAUUUACUCAUAAUAUACUACACUGAUAUUGUACUGAUAGCCACACAACUACUGAACUAGAUUUGGAUACAGUUUUUUUUUUUGGUCUAGACAGCUCCAGAAAUACACUAAAAUAGCAUUUAGGAUGAUAUAUAGCCACCAUAUCUGAACAGUAUCUGUCGAGGAAGCCUGGGCAGAACAUACAUUUUAUAUCUCAUGUGUAUGUAAAACAUCUUAUGCUUUUUAAUUAUUCCAGAUUUAGAUCCUGAAAGACCAUUUUUUAAAAAUGUCAGAGGUGUGGCUAGCUGUUAUGAAUAAAACAUAUCUUGCUUUCUAUUUCUGUUUUCGAAAAUAUGUUUGUGAAGAGGUUUUUUGUGUAAAAGAUAAGGAGCUUCGAUGCUAGAAUUUACUAUGGAGUAGAAAGGCAAUCAGGGGAGACUGAAUUUCAAAAACACAUGCAUCCUUCAACUAUCAAAGUUUGAAAUUUCUACUUUUUGAACUGAAAUGUUACCAGCGCUCCCGGAGGAAAAGUGGGGUUUGAACACUCAAAGAGUAUCUUCUUAAAAGUCAACAUAGCACUUUAAGAUUGCAACCUUGUACUCUAGUAAUCUGGAGACAGGCACCAUGGAGACUCAAGGGCUCUUAGCCUAAGAAGAAAUGAAUAUCAUUGUGCUAUUCUUACAUAAAAUUAAACAUGAUUCACCUAUAUAGUUGGGUUUAAUUUUGCUCUCCUUCUCAAUCCAACAUUGUUAUAUGUUGCAACCCACUUCAAAGAUGGAUGAGACUGUUCCCUAGCAAAUGGGCAAAGUCUCUGGUUUUCUGUUUCUUUGCCUGCAUAUUUUGGGUUACUGUUUGCAUAACAAACAUCUGGAGGGAAUCUAUUGAACAAAGAACCUGCCUUAAAGUUACCAAAUUACUGGGUACUGCUAAUCCAGGCAGAUGCAGAACAGCUUUGCAGUACACAGCACAGUGUUUUCUUCAGCUGGCACUCCUGCCUUGGCUGGUAUGCCUCCCCUUUGGCUGUUCUCUUAUUUCUGAAUUGAGUCCAAAAGGCUGCUGUGCCAAAUAAAGUUUGACUUGAUACAAA